GCAACUAUACCCGACCUGUGAUCUUUACGUUAUCUGUGUACAUGCGCGCAGUGCUACUCUAUAGUCAAAACAAACGCACGUGGUCUCUGAGAAUGUCAACUUCUUGCUAGUAUUAUUGUGGUCUAUUUUGUUGUUGUGUGGCGGUGAUUGAUUACAAGAUGUCAGAAGAAAAUGGAAUGAGCCCUCGGACGUUUAAGCGGCGGAUCGUGAUCGGAAUGGACGGAUCACAAAAUGCAAAGGAUGCCUUUUUGUGGUACGCGAAGAAAAUGCACCAGCCAGAAGACUACGUUAUUGUGGUGCAUUCACCCGAGUUUAAGAACCUCGCACAUAUGCCGGUGAUGACGUCAGACGCUGCGUUGAUGACGAAGAUCGUGGACGAGGAGCAGCAGCAGACGAAAGUCUGCCUCACUCAUCUCUCAGAGAUGCUCAAACUUAACGGGGUGCAGGGUACCGUAAAGCACAUCCCGGGGGAACCUGGAGAACAGAUCGUGCAUGCCGCUCAGAAGGAGGGCGCCGACUUCAUCGUUACCGGAAGUCGCGGCAUGGGCAAGCUACGCCGCACGUUCCUGGGAUCCGUGAGCGACUACAUCGUCCACCACUCUCCUGUUCCCGUGCUCGUGUGUCGCCUCGAGGACUCGCUCCAUUAGACCGGCUUUGAAUGUUUUGCACGUGUCAUGCACGUGUCCUGUACAUACCAUUGAAAGAAACGGCAGCUAGAACACGGAUACCAUGUUCUAGUUUUUAAAUGUUUCGUCUUAAAAAACGUGAUUUUAGUGCCUUCGUGUGUAAACUUAUAAAUGGAAAUUCAAGUAGUUGAUAUUGUUUUUGUUAAAAAUAAAUAUGUUGGAAUUAA